AGCAUGUCGCUAACAGGGAUUUUAAAGAGAAACAACCAAACCUAACUCAUCUAACGGGUCCGAAGUAACAUCGGCAGAGAUUGGCAUUGGUCUGAUGGGAUUUGGUUUAUUUUUCCUGCUCUUUGGUGUGCUGCUGUACUUUGACUCUGUCUUGCUGGCCUUUGGGAAUAUCUUCUUUUUGACUGGUUUGAUAUUCAUCAUUGGCUUCAGGAGGACAGCCCACUUCUUCUUCCAAAGACAAAAAUUUCGAGGUUCUUUCUUCUUCCUGGGAGGCGUGUCUCUGGUGCUGUGCCACUGGCCAAUCAUCGGUAUGCUGGUGGAGAGUUAUGGCUUUGUGCUUUUAUUCAGGUCCUUCUUCCCAAUGGCCUUGGGAUUUGUGCUGUCAGCUGUGAAUAUCCCUUUCCUCAAUGCAUUAUUCACCAGCAGCUCCUCCAUGGUCUGAGCAGAGGAAGGAAUACCAGAGAACUGAUGAGUGAAUACCAGAGAACUCAUUAACGUUAAAUAUUAGAAUUUAUUAAUGCUGAAGUAUUGAUUUAUUUUUUACAGUGUACUGCACUGUGUGCCAUAUGAAGUGACAAUUAAUACUGAAAUCAAGCAGUUAAAUUAUAAGCUGUUUAAAAGCUAAUUUAACAUAAAACAAGUUAUUUUAAAAACCUUUUAAUAUCGAUAUUUAAAGCUUUUUUGAAUGAAAAUUAAAACAUUUCACCACACAUUUAUUCCAUGUUAAUUGUUUCAGAUCUUCAUUUGAGUUAUGUAAUGUUUACAUUUUUUUAUGGCUGCACCAUCAAAUAAAAAUAUUCUACAUGUCAUACACAUUUCCCCAAAAUUCAAAUUGACAUUCUCUUGAAAUUGAGAUCUCUACCAGAACAUAAAAAUAGAUUUUUUU